AUGGCUCUGCCAGGCACAGAGAAAGGCAGGGGCGAGACGGAGAUGGGGGGAGAGGAGCAGGUUAGGCGCUGCCGUGCCUUGCCGUGGCUCUGCCAGGCACAGAGAAAGGCAGGGGCGAGACGGAGAUGGGGGGAGAGGAGCAGGUUAGGCGCUGCCGUGCCUUGCCGUGGCUCUGCCAGGCACAGAGAAAGGCAGGGGCGAGAUGGAGAUGGGGGGAGAGGAGCAGGCACAGAGAAAGGCAGGGGCGAGACGGAGAUGGGGGGAGAGGAGCAGGUUAGGCGCUGCUGUGCCUUGCAGUGCCUCUGCCAGGCACAGAGAAAGGCAGGGGCGAGACGGAGAUGGGGGGAGAGGAGCAGGUUAGGCGCUGCCGUGCCUUGCCGUGGCUCUGCCAGGCACAGAGAAAGGCAGGGGCGAGAUGGAGAUGGGGGGAGAGGAGCAGGUUAUUCGCUGCCGUGCCUUGCACUCUCUCUGCCAUCUCAUGUGCUCACCACUCUCUCUGCCAUCUCAUGUGCUCACCACUCUCUCUGCCAUCUCAUGUGCUCACCACUCUCUCUGCCAUCUCAUGUGCUCACCACUCUCUCUGCCAUCUCAUGUGCUCACCACUCUCUCUGCCAUCUCAUGUGCUCACCACUCUCUCUGCCAUCUCAUGUGCUCACCACUGUCUCUGCCAUCUCAUGUGCUCAUCACUCUCUCUGCCAUCUCAUGUGCUCACCACUCUCUCUGCCAUCUAAUGUGCUCGCCACUCUCUCUGCUAUCUCAUGUGCUCACCCCUCUCUCUUCCAUCUCAUGUGCUCACCACUCUCUCUGCCAUCUCAUGUGCUCACCACCCGCUUCGCCCAUUUGAAUGCCCUAAACCCAUGA